AUGUGUGUCUUUCGAAUUGCUUAUGAUGAUUUUUUGUUGGUGUGCGGGCAGUCGUUGGUUGCAAAUGAAGAUUUUCAGCACAUUCUUCGUGUACAAAACACGAAUGUUGAUGGGAAACAGAAGAUCAUGUUUGCAAUGACAUCAAUCAAAGGUAUCGGUCGUCGUUUUGCUAACAUUGCCUGCAAGAAAGCCGAUAUCGACAUGACCAAAAGGGCUGGUGAGCUUUCUGCUGCUGAAAUUGAUAGCUUGAUGGUCAUUGUGGCAAAUCCUCGUCAAUUCAAAAUCCCUGAUUGGUUUUUGAAUAGGCAAAAGGAUUAUAAGGAUGGUAAGUUUUCACAAGUUACAUCUAAUGCUCUGGACAUGAAACUUAGGGAUGAUCUGGAACGUCUGAAGAAGAUCAGGAACCAUCGCGGUUUACGUCACUACUGGGGUCUUCGUGUGCGUGGUCAGCAUACAAAGACUACUGGUCGCCGAGGAAAGACUGUUGGUGUCUCCAAGAAGCGAUAAUUGCCUUCCCUGAGCCAAUUUUGCAUGUUUUAUGCUAUUUCAUUUUGAUAUGCAACAAGAGAUAGUUUGAAUGGAACUUAGCUUUAUGGUUUUGUUGAAUGUAUUGGAUUUUGAGUUCUACAGAGCAUCAUUGCUUUGGAAGAAUGUAUUAUUUGCACUUGUCCUUGUUGGUGACGAAUGAAGUUCAAUCUGCUACA